AAUGGACACUUUGAAAAUUAGUUCAGUUAACAAAUGUAUAUAAAGCAAUUUCUUAAAAAUAUUAUUAUAUUUCAGAUCUAAAAAAAUCUAGGUGCAAAGGCUGAAGAAACAGAAAAAUUGGUUGGAGCAGAAAAUGCAGAUAUUGGUGAAUUUCCAUAUCAAGUUUCUUUACGCAGAAAUGGCAAACAUUUUUGUGGUGGCGCCCUUAUUAGCAAAAAAGCAUGUAUUUACUGCCGCUCACUGUGUCAUGGCUUCGAAAAAAGUCUUUUUUGGCUAUGUCACUACUAUAGUGGGUACCGAUAGUUUGACCAGCGGUGGAAAAACGUACCAAGUCAGCGAUAAAUCUAUGCAACCAGAUUACCGUGAUAGAGCAACGCCUGGAUGUACGACAUUGGAGUGUUUUCGCUGAAAACUGAAGUGGAAUUGUCUGAUCUUAUUGGUUUUGUCAAACUACCAAUCAAAGAUGUGAAAGUUGAAUCUAAGGCUGUGGUAUCAGGUUGGGGUACCAUGCUUAAUCCUUAUUCUCCUGUGUCGAACGUUCUUCAGAAACUUACUUUGACCAUAAUUAGUUACGAAAAAUGCCAGUCUAUGAUGCCAUCGUUUGCUAGAGUACACAAGUCUCACAUCUGCACAUUCGUAAAGAAAGGAAAAGGUUCCUGCAGUGGUGACAGUGGUGGCCCAUUAGUUCAAGAUGGUUUUGUAAUUGGAGUCGUCUCUGGAGGCAUUCGAUGUGCCAAAGGCUAUCCUGACGUUUAUACGAACGUAUACAAGUAUCUUAGUUACGUAAAGAAGGCAGCAGACCUAUAAGAAUAAGAAUGUGAAAAACUCACUUACGACAAGUGAUGCACGUUAAUUUUAUUAUUUAUUUUUAUUUAUUUAAAAUUUCUUAAAUUAACUCAUCUUAUUAAAAGCUCGAUAUAAAAAAUCAUGUUCUGAUAUGAUAACCAACUUUACAGUUUUUUUUCUCAAUUUGCAAAACAAACUUGAAAAUGUAAUUUUAACAAUCAUUUCGGUGUAUUAACAUUUUACAAAAUCAACUAAUACCUUUUACAUUACUGGUGGACCGAUAAACUUGAAGAGUAUGUAAUAUUUUAUAUUCUGAUUGAAUUAAGACACUUGAAUAAAUAUACGAAAUAAAUAAAAACGAAA